GGAAGUUUCUUGUCUGUGCGUUUCAGCAUGGCCGCUGUGGAUAUAAGAGAUAAUUUGCUGGGCAUUUCCUGGGUGGACAGCUCCUGGAUCCCCAUACUGAACAAUGGGACGGUCUUGGAUUAUUUCUCAGAAAGAAGCAACCCUUUCUAUGACAGGACUUGUAAUAAUGAAGUGGUUAAAAUGCAGAGGUUAACACUAGACCAUCUGAAUCAGAUGAUUGGUGUGGAAUAUAUUUUGUUACAUGCACAAGAGCCUAUAUUAUUCAUCAUCAGAAAACAACAGAGACAGUCUCCCACACAGGUUAUACCACUGGCUGAUUACUACAUCAUCGCAGGAGUGAUCUACCAGGCUCCAGAUUUGGGAUCCGUUAUCAAUUCCAGAGUUCUGACUGCGGUUCAUGGGAUCCAGUCUGCAUUUGAUGAGGCCAUGUCUUAUUGCCGCUACCAUCCUUCUAAAGGCUACUGGUGGCACUUCAAAGACCAGGAAGAGCGAG